AUGUCGAACCUCAAGCCUCUCGUUCUCCUGACCGGACCAAAUGGGUUCGUUGGAGCUCAUGUCCUCUCCACGCUCAUCAGCCAUAACUAUCGUGUCCGAGGCACGUUGCGCUCCCUUUCCAAAGCCAAUCAUAUCGCCGCCAAAUAUCCCGAAGCCACCAAAUCUGGAGACCUCACCUUCUUUGAAGUACCAGACAUCCAAGCCCCCGGGGCGCUGGACCAGGCUGCUGAGGGGGUCGACUAUAUCUGUCAUGUCGCCAGCCCCUAUUUCAUUUCGUCCUCAGACCCGAUCAAAGAGCUGGUGGAACCAGCUGUGAACGGAACGCGGAAUGUGGUGUCUUCGGCAUUGAAGUCGAAAACACUGAAGAGAAUGACCAUCAUGAGCUCUUUUGCCAGUGUGGUGGACCUCUCCAAGAACCCACGGCCGGGCUAUAAGUAUACCUCAGAUGAUUGGGAUCCGGUCACCAUGGAGGAAGCGGCAAAGGAUGGGUAUUACGGAUAUCACGCUUCCAAGACAUUUGCUGAGCGUGCGGCAUGGGACAUGUGGCGAAGCUCAAAGGAUAAGGGCGAGAUCAGCUGGGAUCUGGUCACAUUCUGUCCGCCGAUGGUUUAUGGGCCCCCGAUCCAGGAGGUGGACGUCGCCAAAGGGGUCGAUGGGUUGAACACGAGCGUCAAGAGACUCAUCACUUCUGUCCAGGGCAAGGAUUCAAGCUUUGCACCGAAGGUCGCGACUCCGGGAUUGCCUGCGUGGGUGGACGUGAGAGACGUGGCGGAAGCGCACUUGAAGAGUUUGCAAUUGGAGAAGGGCGUGAGCAAGAGGUUUCUUCUCUGCGGCGGAGUCGAUUACUUUGAGGAUGGGCUCGCAGGUCUCAGGGCGAAAGGAGAGAAAGGGCUGGGAGAAGAAGGGGUGCACUGUGACCCAAGCAAGCAUUUCAGCAUCGACAGGAGUGAAGCGGAGCACGUGCUGAAACUGGAGUUUACGCCCUUCCAGAAGACUGUCGAGGACACAUGGGAGGCUGUCAAAAAGUUGGGCACGAUUUGA